AGAAAGGAUUAGGAGGUACGGAAAGUAAUCAGGUUAAAAAUGAUAGAGAGAGAGAGACAGAAAAAGAAAAAGUUAACGAUUGAAUGAACGAAAUAUGUUCAAAUGAACCGUUGAACGGUGAUUAUUUAUACAGAUCCGAUAUAAAAGGGAAAUAAAAGUAAACCAGCCUCUGUGCCGGAGAUAGAAAGAGAGAGAGAGAGAUAGAGAGAGAAAGAGGAGAAAAACGUAUAAGGGUAAUGAAAUGCGAAUAUCUUCAUCCCUUUGGCGAGAACGCACCGAGUAUAUAGCGGAUAUAUUGGCGGAUGGAUGGAUGGACGGAUGGAGGGGGAGGGGAGGACCGUUGGAUCAUGCCACUCGACAAAGCCAAGGGGGACAUUGCGAGAUGCGAGGAAGUCGAAGCGUGACGGGAACUUCACCAGGCCUCCAGGCAACCAAACAAACAUGAAGAACGUCCCAAACCAGAGAAAGGAGUCUCGAGUUGUCGCGCCUCGAUCCAUCAGUUUAGAUUUUUAAUCCAGACAGUAUUUUCGCCCGGUUUGCUUGAUGCUAAAAUUUGGAUUUGAGAACGUUAAACCGACGAUGAAGAGCAAAGGAGAAGAAUAGAGGUUACGGGUAUAAUGCAGUGCAAAUCGACGAGGAAACGAUGAUACGGCCAAACCUUGAUCAAGUCAAAACCCACGCGAGAUUCGACACUCGUCUGGUGGUAAAAUCGAGAAAGAAAAGGACGGUUCGUACCUUGGCUUGUGACUGAUCACAGUUGGCUAGUCCGGCGAUAAGACAUGGAGUACAACGAAACGCUGGACUCCAAGGAAGAAUUCAACUCGACGAACGCGUCGACGGUUAUGACGACAAUCCUGAGCGGAGAGUAUGGGUCGUACAAUGACUCGACGGAUGUGGUGAGGGAGAACGAAGAGAUCGAGCACGUUCUGCUGCAGGUGGUUAAGGCCUCCAUAAUGGGUUUCAUAAUCCUCUGCGCCCUCUUCGGCAACCUGUUGGUCAUAGUGUCGGUGAUGCGACACCGUAAACUGCGCGUGAUAACGAACUACUUCGUGGUGUCGUUGGCGCUUGCUGACAUGCUGGUUGCGAUAUUCGCGAUGACGUUCAACGCGAGCGUCGAGUUGUCCGGGCGAUGGCUCUUUGGUUACUUCAUGUGCGACGUGUGGAACUCGCUCGACGUAUUCUUCAGCACCGUGUCGAUCCUCCACCUCUGCUGCAUCAGCGUAGAUCGCUACUACGCCAUCGUUCAACCCCUCGACUAUCCUUUGAUCAUGACUAACCUCAGACUCGGUACGAUGCUCAGCGUAGUUUGGUGCUCGCCGGCGGUCGUCAGCUUCGUGCCGAUAUUUGCCGGCUGGUAUACGACACCCGAACACCUUCAAUACCGCUCCAAUUAUCCGGAUGUUUGUGUAUUUCACGUUAAUCAAUUCUACGCGGUCGUCAGCUCCAGUGUAAGUUUCUGGGUACCCGGCAUUAUCAUGAUCGCGAUGUACUACAAGAUCUAUCAGGAGGCCGAUCGUCAGGAACGAAUGCUUUACAGGAGUAAAGUUGCGGCCGCCCUUUUGAACAAGCAUCUUCAAAUAAACGGGAUUUCAGCUGGAUUGACCUCCCUGCCAACAGUUGGACAGUCAUCGCCCGAACCUGCGCCGGAAGAUCCACCGAUAGCGAGUAGCAGCAAAAUGAAAAGGGAACGAAAGGCUGCGAGGACUCUCGGCAUUAUAAUGUCGGCAUUUUUGGCCUGCUGGCUUCCGUUUUUUCUUUGGUACCUGAUAACGGCCCUCUGCGAUACGUGCCAAAGUGGCAACAUUGUUGUGGCAGCAGUGUUCUGGGUCGGUUACUUCAACAGCGCCCUGAACCCGUUGAUCUACGCAUAUUUCAACCGCGAGUUCAGGGCAGCGUUUAGAAAAACGUUGGAGAGUUGCUGCUCGGCAUUCAGUCCAGUAAAAGAUAUCGGCAACAGAAAUCGGAAGCAGGAUUUGGUCCACAGCAACGCAUCCUCUGAACUCCACGUAAACAACCAAUUGAGAACAAGCGAACUCACCAACGUUCACAUUGAAGCUUGCAUAUAAUUCUAUAUUUACAAUAGAUAUGUAAAAAUCGGAAAACGAUAUUCAAUUUUAAUUUUACGAAUUCGUCUGUCUUUGUUCACUUUUGUUUUUCUGCAAUCGAAUCUAUUUGUUCGGGUUAUUUGUCAUAAAUUUCAUACAGCUAAUUCAAAGCAAAGCAAAAUAAAUUCGCCUGCAUUUAUGCAGUUCAGGGUACACUUUGACGGAUGCGUGCCUGAAUUUCGGCAACUGAGAUUACACAUUACCGAUCGCUCUCGUUCUUGACACGAUUGGCCGACUCUUCGCUAAUUUCUCCAAUCGUGAUCCAUGAGACAAAUGCCGAUCGUUGAUAUGUAUGUAUGUACUCUCAGUUGCCGAAAUACAGGCGCACAUCGCCAUGAUGU